CCAGAGUCGGCGCUCCUCGGUAGCGCCUCCUCUGGCCGCUAUCUCUCCGUGCCUCCCAGCGCGCAUUGCACACAACAGGCUUCGGCGCAACGCGGCCGAAACGUCCCGCCACGCCAGCGACGCGCCGGCACAAGCGCGGGGACCCAUCAUCUCUCGGGCGGGCAGCGCCCCUCCCAACAACAACACACCAUGUCGGUAGCACGGCUGCCCAGCGCCGCCCAGGCGUUUGCGGACGGCGGCGGCCCCGUCGAAAAGACGCAGCCCUGUAAACCAAGGAGCACCGUGCCGCCCUACGCGACGCUACACACGAAGGGCCACGACGUGGGAGUAGGUGUCGGAAAAAAACGUUUCGAUGGGGGCCCUCCAUUAAAUAUGACUCAUGUGGAUGGUCCUCAUGGCUUCGUCGGCAUGAUGCAAGGGACCGAACAAGGCCUAGAAUACACGCGCUUCAACAAGGGUUUCGACCGGCGGAACCAAUCGAAGAUAGGCCAAGAUGUGGAACGGAAGGAGCAUGAGCGCCUCCAAGCGGAGAAGAAGGUCGUCACGGAUCAACUCAGGACGGAUCGUUUGGUAGAGAUCAAGGACUACAACGGCUUUGACGUCAUUUCGGGUGAAUAUGAUCCUGCCAAAAUAAGAGGAGCGCAUCCCCGCGCGAGGCAUCUCUCGGACCGACCGUCCAAAGAACUCGCGAAGACGGGCGAGAUUACCAUAAGGAAUAGCUGCUACCGCAUGUACACGGCGGCGCCCACCGGUGAUAAGCACGACUACCGGCAGCACCAGUUGGUCAGUGAAGGCCAAUCCAAACCGAAGUUCACGUCCGUGCUAGGCAUCGGCCGGGCCGAGGAGCCGUCGUAUGGCGUGGAAGACCAGUUCGCCAAGAGUCAAUAUGGAGGCAAGGUCCACACGGACUUUGGGCUGUGUGAAGUCAGAGAACCUGGAAGGUACACCCCUAGAAAACUCGGCGGCUCGGCGGCCAAGCCCCAGAUGAUUUUUGGAGGCGCCUGGCGCGACGAGGACCUCGUGCCUAAGUAGGUUAUUACGAUU